AUGAAAAUAGAGAUAACAUCGAUGGAUUCCAAGAACACAAAAGAUGAUGCAACCAAGAAUGCCGGUACGAGCAUUGGAAACGGUGGUUCCAGUGGCGUUUGCGAUGUUGCUAAAACAAUGGUUGCACCUGGCUCUGGCGGAGAUGUGAGCAUGUCUAGGGAUGCUUUUGAGAGCAACCCUAAGAAGUUCUUUGAUGAUCUUCACGCAAAAGAGAAGAAGUGA